AGCCCUUUUGCUUCUCCCAUCCCAUCAGCAAAUCGUUGCCGCCGCCAUUUCCUGUGAACGCAGAUUGAACUCGUCUUCUUCUCUCUCUCUCUCUCUCUGCCGCCGCGGGUUGGAGGAAGCUCGUGCGGAAAGUAAUCUCCGGAGCGGCUUCCGACAGACGGAUCGGAGUGUCUGAAAUCAGCGUGAUUUGCAGUUGCAGCUUCUGAACCAUUUUUUCAUCAUGCCGAGCCUGAGAAGUGAAUCUACCGUUGUUAAGCUAAUUACAUACUCCGAGGAGCUUGUUGAUGGAAAACCGUUGUACGCUUCUUCCAAUUCUCUUCCCGUGAAGGCUUUAAACCGCGAACCUGCCGGUCACGCCUUCCACUCCGCUGCUCUCAAGCUCCACGGCUGUGCAGAGGAGGAACCCACUGACAGCGAAGGCGACGAUAAGAAAGCUGGAGAUGAUAAAGAGAAGGAAUACGUUCCUUCGUUCAACUCGUACUCCAACAAAGGGAAGAAGAAGUCCGGUACGCAGCAGCAAGACCACUACGCGUUGCUGGGGUUAAGCAACUUGAGGUAUCUCGCAACAGAGGAUCAGAUCAGGAAAAGCUACCGCGAAGCCGCGCUGAAGCAUCACCCGGAUAAGAUGGCUAGUCUCCUUCUCGCGGAGGAGACAGAAGAAGCCAAGGAGGCUAAAAAGGAAGAGAUCGAGUCUCGCUUCAAAGCGAUUCAAGAAGCUUACGAGGUGCUGAUGGAUCCGUUAAAGAGGAGGAUAUUCGACUCCACCGAUGAGUUUGACGACGAGGUCCCCACGGACUGCGCGCCGCAGGACUUUUUCAAGGUGUUUGGUCCAGCUUUCAAGAGGAACGCUAGGUGGUCGGUGAAUCAGCGUAUACCUACUGAUUUGGGAGACGAGAACACAAAGCUCAAGGAGGUUGAUAGGUUCUACAACUUCUGGUACGCUUUCAAGAGCUGGAGAGAGUUUCCUGACGAGGAGGAGCAUGAUCUCGAGCAAGCUGAUUCGCGCGAGGAGAGGAGGUGGAUGGAGAAGGAGAACGCUAGAGCAACGGCUAAAGCUAGAAAGGAGGAGCACGCUAGGAUCCGGACUCUUGUUGACAAUGCGUAUAGGAAAGACCCGAGAAUCGUGAAGAGGAAAGAAGAAGAGAAGGCUGAGAAGCAACAGAAGAAAGACGCAAAGCUUAUGGCUAAGAAGAAGCAGGAAGAGGAAGCUGCUGUAGCUGCUGCGGAAGAGAAAAAGAGAAAAGAAGAGGAGGAAAAGCGUGCGGUGGAAUCUGCACAGCAGCAGAAGAAAGCUAAGGAGAAGGAGAAGAAGCUGAUACGCAAAGAACGGAACCGGCUCAGAGCUCUCUCAGCUCCUGUCCUGACUCAGCGUCUGCUCGACAUCUCAGAGGAAGAUAUAGAGAAUCUAUGCAUGACGCUUAACUUGGAGCAGCUGCAGAGUCUGUGUGAUAAGAUGGGGAACAAAGAAGGGAUGGAACUGGCUAAGGUGAUCAAAGAAGGGUGCAGCAGCAGCAACAGUAGUAGAGACCAAGAAGCAGCCAACUCUAAAGAGAAAGAAAGCGAGAAAACCAACGGUGAGCGAGUUUCUGUGUUAGAGAGCCCUCAGAAGAAACAGCCGUGGAGCAAGGAAGAGAUUGACAUGCUGAGAAAAGGAAUGAUAAAAUACCCAAAGGGGACAUCUCGGAGAUGGGAAGUUAUAUCAGAGUACAUCGGUACAGGAAGAUCCGUGGAAGAGAUUCUGAAAGCAACCAAGACGGUUCUUCUCCAAAAACCAGACUCUGCCAAAGCAUUCGACUCGUUCCUCGAGAAGAGGAAACCCACCGCUACUAUCGCUUCCCCUCUCUCCACAAGAGAGGAGCUCGGAGAGUCUCUACCGGCCACAGCAAAGGUAAAACAACCACCCUCUAAGGAGCCUGUUGCUGGUCAAAGCUCAGACAGCAACGGUGAAGCAAGCGGAAGUAGUUCAGAGACAGCAGAUGGUUGGUCUGCUGUUCAAGAAAGAGCUUUGGUUCAGGCUUUGAAGACAUUCCCCAAGGAGACGAGCCAGAGAUGGGAGAGAGUAGCUGCUGCUGUUCCGGGGAGGACGGUGGUUCAGUGCAAGAAGAAGUUUGCAGAGCUUAAAGAGAUCAUCAGAAGCAAGAAAACCGGUGGUGUCUAAAAAAUCUUAAACCGGAGCUCCAUGAGAAUUUUGGGUUGUAAUCCUCUUGAGGGCCACACCAUUACUUUGCCAGAUCAAAGACCUUGAAACUUUUUUAUUAUUAUAUGUAAUGAUUCAUUUGCUUCUUGAUAUCAUGAGAUGUUAAACCACUAUCACAAACUUAAUACUUUCACCUAAUCUUAUGUAUUUGUUUUUGAGUUGUCAA